AUUAUUUAGUAAAACUCUAUUUUCUUAGUAAAAAAAGAAAAGAAUGGUGGCGCCGGAAAGUGACCGACCGUAGGGCCAGUCAAUUACUCUCUUUACAAGCGUUUUUCCUUUCCGGUCCAAAACUUGCCUCAAAUCCUUCUUCACCUACUUCUUAGAUCUUCUUCUUCUUCUCUCUACACUCCGAUUUACAACAUCUCCUUUUCCGUUAUCUGGUUUUUCUAGUGUAGAAGCAUUAAUUAGUUGUUGUGUUGAGCCGUUUUCCGUGCUUUAAACUCUCUGAUUCGAUCUCCCAAAUCUGAACUCCGAUCUGGCGGAUUUAGGGUUUUCUCGUCUGGGUUGAAGUUGAAGUUGAAGAUUCGAUUUGGCGGCGUCGAAUCGAUAAUGGGGGAAUCAGGUGGUGGAGGAUGGCGGGAUUCUUAUAAAGGGAUGUCCUCUGAUAACAUCAAGGGCUUGGUGUUGGCGAUUUCUUCUAGUUUAUUCAUCGGAGCCAGUUUCAUCGUUAAGAAGAAAGGCCUUAAGAAAGCCGCGAGCACUGGGACUAGGGCAGGUGUUGGUGGGUAUUCUUAUCUCUACGAGCCUCUUUGGUGGAUCGGCAUGACAACAAUGUUACUUGGUGAGAUUGCCAAUUUUGCUGCUUAUGCAUUUGCGCCAGCUAUACUUGUAACUCCUCUAGCUCAUAUUAUACUACGGGAGAAACUACACAUCUUUGGAAUUCUUGGCUGUGCCUUAUGUGUUGUGGGUUCCACGACCAUUGUCCUACAUGCCCCUCAAGAACAAGAAAUUGACUCUGUGCUUGAAGUUUGGAAUCUUGCAACAGAACCAGCAUUCAUGUUCUAUGCGAGCCUGAUCAUUGGGGCUGCUGUAUUUCUCAUUGUCCGUUUUGUGCCUCUAUAUGGGCAGACCAACGUAAUGGUCUAUAUCGGUAUAUGUUCGCUUGUGGGAUCACUAUCGGUAAUGAGCGUUAAAGCACUAGGAAUAGCACUGAAGCUGACAUUUUCAGGAACGAAUCAAUUAUUUUAUCCUCAAACAUGGGUAUUCACCUUGGUCGUACUUACCUGUGUGAUAACUCAGUUGAAUUACUUAAACAAGGCUCUUGAUACAUUCAAUACAGCUAUUGUAUCUCCUAUAUACUACGUAAUGUUCACAUCACUAACUAUAUUGGCCAGUGUUAUCAUGUUUAAGGACUGGGACCGGCAAAAUGGUACUCAGAUUGUCACCGAAAUGUGUGGCUUUGUUACAAUUCUUUCAGGCACUUUUCUUCUCCAUAGAACGAAGGACAUGGUCGAGGGUUCAUCGGUGAUAUUACCAUUGCGCAUAAGCAAGCACAUUAACGAGGAUGGAUUUGAGUCAGAAGGCAUUCCACUUAGACGCCAAGAAUCUCUCCGGUCACCUUAAAAGCUUUAUAGCUUUGUUUUCUGGUCGACUGCUAUAACUGUAAGCCAGAGAGCCUCGACCUUUUUCCCUUAUCUCGAUCUACUAUGAACGUGGACCAUGGUUCUUCUGUCCUAACAAAUACAGAUGGUUCAAGAAGAUCGAGGAAGGUAAAAGAAGCAAAGAGGACGAGAGAUCAUCUUCUUUUCAGUAAAUAUGCUGCGAGUUCAUCAAACAUACGGCAUUAGCACACAUCCACGCAUAAACCCUUGUGUGAACUUUUAAGAUUUUAUAAACAAAGAUGGGUUUUGCUUAAAAUUGAUCUUUUUAUUAACAUAUAAACUGAAGGUUUUUCAAUUCAAAAUUUGACUACA